UUUGGAGAGAGAUAAUAAUUUUAGAAAUGUCAAUACAACAGGAAAACCAGUUUUCCGGUCACGAGGACUUCGUUAGAUAAACCCCCAAAGCCAAACCUAGGCAGAGACCACGAACACAGGCGAUCGAAAGAAAUCGAAGCCCAAAUCGAAUCGAAUCCGAUGUCGUCGCAUGAUCCCAAAGAGGACGUCGACCGCCUCUUCGCCUGCUUCAAAUGCGGCGUCUCCCCUCCCCAGUCGGCGUUCAGAGAGAAGCCGCUUCGGCGGGGCAAGAAGUCGCGGGUCACCCCCGGGGCGGAGAGCGGCGGCGGCGGGAGCUCCUGUUCCGCCUCCACGCCGGAUGCAGUAGAGAAGCAUGGUGCGCCAUCAUCGGCGGCCAUAAAAUUUACAGGCCGCAAGCAGAUGUCCCCAAUCGUGUUCUACGGUUCCCCACAAGGCGUUCCGGUGAAAAAGCCACUGAGCCUCUUGAGACUGCUGCGUGAGAUCCGCAUUGAUCUGAAGAAGCAAACCGACUUGAUCCCCAGGGAUGCUGUUUGGGCUACAUUUCCUAGGCAAGAGGAGGCAAUCAGGUUCUCGAAAGCACACACGCAUACCAAUGUCUUUAGCUAUCAAGAUCAUUUGACUGGGACAAGAAGGUUCCUUGUGUCUACAUACGACGAGUUUUGGAGAAGGUACAAUGAUAUGGAUCCCAGGAUUCGCCAUCACUAUGAAGUUAUCCAGGAGGGUUCACCUUGCCACAUUUACUUUGAUCUGGAGUUUGAUACACAAUUGAACGUGAAGAGAGAUACAGAUGAAAUGGUGGAUAUAUUGGUUGCCGUCAUAUUUAGUGCCUUACAUGACAAAUAUUCCAUUGAAGGACAUGAAGAGUGGAUCACAGAGUUAGAUUCAUCUACUGAAGCGAAGUUUUCACGCCAUCUAAUCAUUCGUAUACCCAAGACUGCAUUCAAAGACAACUCUCAUGUUGGCGCAUUUAUCUCUGAGGUCUGUUCACAAAUUGCAGUUCAGCGUGCAGCCGAUCCUAACCUUGAUAAACUGUAUAUUACAAAAGAUAGCAGCUCUACAGGUCCUGUUGAUGAGCUCUUUAUCGAUACUGCCGUUUACUCUCGUAACCGUUGUUUCCGUUUAGCUUUCUCAUCAAAGUCUGGGAAGAAAUCAUUUCUUGUGCCUACCGGACGUUUCAAAUGCAAGGAAAUGAAUGAUAAAGAUGUCUUUAUGGAGUCACUUAUUUGCAGAUUAGAUGAUAACUGUGACAAACUUUUGAUAUGCAAGCUGGACUGGGAAUGCAAGAAAACAUUGCAUUUUGACUCUGAAGUCAGCAUGCCACGAAUUCAAGGAAGGAACUGCAAGGAUUCUAUUACUACUUAUCGAAGUGAUUUUCCUCGUGAAUAUACUUAUGGAAGAUCUCCUUUCCCAGCUUUGGAUGGCUUUAUUGAAUCUAUCGCUUCUUUUGGAAAUGUUCCAGGAAAAAUUCGAUCCUGGUACUGGUUUUCACAAUAUGGUUUGAUGAUCUAUAGCAUGUCAAGGAGCAGAUACUGUGAGCAUAUUGGACGUGAGCAUAAGAGCAAUCAUGUGAUGUACAUUGUUGAUUUCCAAAGAGCUGCGUAUUACCAAAAGUGUUAUGACCCUGAUUGUCAAGGUUAUCGUUCUCCAUUGCGCGCUGUACCCUGGGACGUGAUGCCUGAACUCAUUUCUGUAGUAGAGUCAGCCCAGACAGAUUAUCAGGGGGGAGUUGUAGAAAUCAAUAUUGAAGGCAACAGGGAUGAAUGCGUGGCUGAUGGUAAAUCCGUUAUGGAGAGCGGCGAGGACGAUCCUGAUUGGUGGGAAGAAGCGGUAAAAUUUGCCGACAGCAUUGACAACAUCAAUCAUGCUCCUGGCUUGUGUAACUUGGAUGAUAACGGUUAUGAUGACGCUGAUGCUGAAUGGUGGAUGCACGCGGAAAGGAUUAUGGAGCAGAUUGAGGGACAAGCAUCACAGAACAAUCCACAGGGUUCCUGCAGUCACUGUUGCUGAACACGUUCAUCUUACAUGUAGCUUCCCCGGCGCUAGAUUAAAGUUUUUAACCUUUGAUGUAUAUAUGAAUUCUUUUAAGUGCACAUGUAAAAAAUGGGUGUAGCUACUUCAAGUUUGCAGAAUGGUCCAUGAUAAAUCAACCAGAUAGCACAAUUUGGACAACUAUAUUUGUCCAUUUUAUAACGAUUUGAAAAUGCCUCAGUUCUGUAUCA